UGUCAAUUCUAAGGAUAAGAAACUUAUAUAAUUUUGAAUGGGGAAUCAAAUCAUUAGAUAUGGGUCUAUCGGAAACAAAUAGGGAUACAGCUACGCAGACACCAUCUUACCCAAAUCCCACCAAUUGGGCAUUUUGUUGUUAUGGGUUUUCUUUACUUUCUCUAUACAACAACAACUGGUUUGCUACUCUGUGAAUAAUUAAGGAGCUAUGUUCCUUUCCUGUUGUUAUGGGUAUUCCAGAGCUAUGUUUUCCCAUCGAUUCUCCAAAAAGCUUCAGCCUUUUCCAGGUUUUCCUCUCAAGAGCUGUUGUUGGUUUAGAACAAGUAUAAUUAACCAUGUACAUUCCUUUACGCAAUCCAAACAGAGGAGACCUGGUCGACAAGUUAAUCGACUCCCGACCAAGUCUGUUCCGAAGAAAGACAUCGAUCUCCCUAAAGUUUUUAUGAGGGAUACAAUUACAAGAGUAUCACAUAUACUGAGAGUUUCAACUUGGGAUUCCGCUCAGGACCAGUUGAUGAAACUUCACAUAAAAUGGGAUUCUUACACAGUCAAUCAACUUCUCAAGACCCAUCCUCCUAUGGAGAAAGCCUGGUUGUUUUUCAGUUGGGCCUCUAAACUGAAAGGCUUUAAGCAUGACCAAUUUACCUACACCACUAUGUUGGAUAUAUUUGGGGAAGCUGGGAGGAUUUCAUCCAUGAACUAUAUCUUUCAGCAGAUGCAAGACAAAGGAAUCAAGAUAGAUGCAGUGACCUAUACAUCCCUUCUUCACUGGCUUUCCCACCAUGGGGACAUUAAUGAGUCGAUUAAAUUGUGGCAAGAUAUGAAAGAUAAAGGAUGUGUUCCUAAUGUUGUUUGCUACACCGCAUACAUGAAAGGUUUGUUUGAUCAUAAUCGAGUUAAGGAAGGAGCCAAGAUAUACAAGGAGAUGCUUCAAUCUGGUUGUUCUCCCAACUGCCACACAUACACUGUCCUUAUGGAGCAUCUUGCUAGUUCUGGAAAAUUUGAUGGAGUUCUCGAGAUUUUCAGUAAAAUGCAAGAUGCAGGGGUCCAACCAGAUAAAGCGACAUGCAAUAUUUUAGUGGAAAAAUGCUGCAAAGCUGGGGAAACACUAGCAAUGAUGAAAAUUCUUCACUACAUGAAGGAGAAUUUUCUUGUUCUGCGUUAUUCUGUCUAUCAAGAGGCUGUCCACACAUUGAAGAUGGCCGGGAUGAGUGAUCGGCUACUUAGGGAUGUUAACCGUCAUCUGUCCUUACAAAAAUUCAACCAAGAUCAGAUUGAUGAAUCAGAUGGAAUUGCUGAAAGUAGUUGCUUUACUUUGGAUGAUAGGAUGAUUUUGUACUUGUUGAAAAAAAAAAGUCUUCUUGCUGUUGAUUACCUACUAGAUAGCUUGAUGAAUAAACGUCUCAAAUUGGAUCCUGGAAUAGUCUCAACUGUAGUGGAGGUAAACUGUAACUGCGGUAGAGUAAAUGGUGCUUUUUUUGCCUUUGAAGUCAGUGUGAAAUUGGGCAUAACCAUUGAAAGAAUUACGUAUCUCACCAUGGUGGGCGAACUUAUUAGAACAAAUUCAUUUUCAAGGGUUGUAGAUAUUGUUGAAGCAAUGGUUGGGGCAGGCCUGUCAUUAGGGUCAGAACUAACUGCUCUUCUGAUACAUCGGCUUGGCUCCGCUCGAGAGCCUGCUGCUGCUGAAAAGUUAUUUAGCAUCUUACCUGAUCAGCAGAAGAGUAUUGCUGUAUAUACUGCUUUAAUAAACACCCACUUCACCUAUGGGAAUGCCGAUAAAGGGCUUGAAAUAUUCGAAACCAUGAGAAAGCAAGGGAUAAAUAUGGCAUUAAGUACUUAUUGUGUCCUAUUGAAUGGUCUUGAAAGAAAUGGCGUAUUUGAUAAAUUACAAUCUUAUAGGAAAGAAAAGAAGAGAUUUGAAUCUGAAAGCUGCUGUAGGGAAAUGUCAAUGGAGGAAACAGUGUGUGAUCUUCUUUUUGCUGGAAAUUUUGACAGUUGAGAUGCUAGAUAUGGGUAUCUGGACACUUUUCAUGAUUGAUUGGAGUAUUUGUAGUACAAAUUAGCUGUUUGUAUGUUGCUUGAAUUUGUACUAGAUUUACAGAAGUAGCUUGUGCUGUGUAUCAUGUGUUCGAAUUUACAGAAAUCGGGUAUGCUCAAGAAAGCAUGCAGAAGACAUAUAGCUUAUGGAAUCCCACAUACUGAAACAAAGUGGGGGAUGGGUAAUCUCGUACUGGAUCAUAUUAAAAUGUUCUCUCUUUCACAAGUUUAGCUUAUCUUUAGAAGCUGUAGCAGCUGGAAUGAUUGGUCAAAUGGGCCUUGACAGCUUGAUUAUUUUCCUGCAACAUUAUGGCUUAAAGAGGUAUUUGAAGUGGCAUCAGAAGCAUAUGCUCUCGUGGAUUAUAACUGCAAGUUAUUAAAGAGCUUGUGCAAUAUCACCGACCGUGGAAGAAAGGAUUAGAGAUACAGUUCUAGGAAGAAAGCCAUGUGAGAAAUGAUUACCAAUCUUCAUAUACAUUCGAAUGGCUAAAGUAAGAGCUUUGAUCUUUGGUGCUGUUCGGGUUUUCCCCAACAUUCUUGCUGAGGAAGAAACAAUGCAAGAUUUGUUCCAGUUUUACCCUCGGAAAGAUGAAGUAAAUUGUCAGGACCACCCUUGGUGGAAGAUGCAACUCACUCAGUAGAUUGUGCACCCAGAGAAACCCAUCAAGAGCAUUAGCCAUAACUCUAUGCCUAGCCUCUAUGAAAGAGGGAUUUACACUCUUAUGUUUCCUUGAGGACCAACUAAUGGGGUUUUGGCCAAGGUACAAUAUAUACUCAGAG